AUGCAGAGACAGAGAACGAAACGUGCAGUUGAACAUUUUCAAAUGAGCGAAUGUCAAGAAAUUUCUCAAGACGAUUUUGAUUUGUCUCGACAAAAGUAUCAUUUAAGUCAAAUGAAAUUUUAUAUUCAAACGAAAUAUUUCCAAUCGAAGAAGUUCUCCGAUUACUUUCAUGAAGUCAUCGAAGAACAAGAAGCGGCCAGUUCAACGCAAAUCAAAUUUGGUCAAAUCUUUUCGUUACUUCUUUCGUUUAACUGCGAAAUAUUUAUCCACGGCGGAGCGAUACGCGAUUUAAUUUUGAAUUUACCAAUUCACGAUAUCGAUGGCGAAUAUUUUUGUUCGAAAGACAAAAUGAAAUCUCUAUGUGAUGAACAAUUCAUGCAGAAAAUCUUCGGUCAAUGUCACUUUUUACCAAGUGGUCAUUUGAUUUUAGGUCAAAAUCUUUUUCAUAAUUAUACUUUCGAUCCAUUUGAAGCGUAUCCGAUGGAAACAGUUUUCACUUCUCCAAUGUAUACAAAUGAAUAUACGACGAAUACAAUCUUCUACGAUGUUAAUUCUCGAAUCAUCAUUGAUAUAACGGGAUAUGGACUUUAUGAUACAUUUAAUCGAAUUAUUCGAUUGACGAUCGCCAAUCCGAAUGAACGAUAUUUAUGGUUGAAUGAACAAGUGGCAAAACCAUACGAUGGAUUUAAGAAAUUAUCACGGUAUUGGAAAUUACGAGCAGAUCCACACAAAUAUCUUCCGGCUCCUUUGAAUCAAACGUUGAUUCAUACGGAUGAGUUUAUUAUCGAAAAUGUAAAAUUCUUAUGGAAAAAUCAGACUUCAGCUAUUGAAAAUAUCUUUCGAAAACUUUACUGUGAUUUAAUUCGAGGAGAUUUAAACAAUCAAUCCUUAUGUUAUUUACAAUCGAAUCCGUACAAUUCAAGUUUAGAUGCAUUUUUAAAUUAUGAUCGUGUAUUUGAAAGAGAUAUGGGUUCAACAUGGUUCAAUGAAAAUAUUCUUCAAAAGAAUAUCAAUCAUUUUUAUGUUCAAACGACUAAUAAACAUAGAGUUAGUUUUCAUUUAUACGAGUUUCUAUUUGUUUUUGCUUGUAUUCUUAUUCUUGUUUUAUUUCUUUUGUUCUACAAAAAAUGUUCCACUUACGAACGCAUUCAUUAG